AUGAGAGUGAGCCACGGUCGAGCAAUGGAUGUGAUCAGGAAUUCCGCAGUUGCAAGUAAAAUACAAUGGGGAUGCGGUAUUCGUCCGGAGAUAGUACGCGAUGCUGAUAAUCCUGGAUAUUGGGUUAAUAGUUCCUAUUGUCCGAUUCAUCUUCAUUUGAAAAACCCUAAGCAGCCACAAGUAUUAGAUGAUGCAGAAUAUGAUGACAUCGAUUGUAAUGUGUCUCGAUUGGAUCGGUAUUCGAGUGAAGUUUUAUCGGUAAAUCGAACUCCUAACAGCUCACAUUGGUGUGGUCCACCAGCACCCAUAGCUGAAAAAGAGUCUAAAGAAUUACUCUAUGCUGUGAAUGGUGUAUUUGUACUAACGAGGGAACCACCCGAGGUGAUAAAUCGAUUUCAGGUUGGGACUAUGUUUGUUAGAAAGGCCCUAACGAGUAGUGAAAUACCCUAUCUUGGUUCAUCCCCAUGGUGCUUCCUGGCAGAGUUAUGA